AUGUCAUGCCGAGACGAGGAAGACAUUCAAAGCGGACAGAAGAGCUGGCCGCAGUGUGAGGAACUGUCUCACACACCGUACGUCUACCCCGACUGCAGGCACACGAUGGAUGUCAAGUGCUAUAUGCUGAACGAGUACAACGCCGGAAGAAGUCAGGUGCCGAAAUGCGAGCAGAUGGUUGACUACGUGCCAAUCUGCGAGCACACAGCCAGGGUGAAAUGUUGGCUGAAACAAGCCUACCAGCGCGGCAGCGCGGCCCAGUUCGUAUGCCCGGUGAAGCAGGACAUCAAACUGCCGCGGUGCAGCCAUGCAGCCAAGGUGUCAUGUGCCGAGAACAUCCAGCUGCAAUCAUGGCAAGGAGGCGAGGUGCAGCGGGCAUUGGUAAUUGCAAGUUGCGUUCACUAA